CUUCUUCAGAGUACAAGAGUGUACUACUGAGACUCAGAGAUCAACCUUCAAUAGCUGAUUUGAAACGAGAGAGAGAAAUCAGAAAUGGAGGUAGGGUUCUUGGGUCUAGGGAUAAUGGGCAAGGCCAUGUCCAUGAACCUUCUACGCCAUGGCUUCAAGGUCACUGUUUGGAACAGGACUCUCUCAAAGUGUGAUGAACUUGUGGAACAUGGUGCUUCAAUUGGAGAAACCCCUGCAGCUGUGAUCAAGAAAUGCAAGUAUACAAUUGCAAUGUUGUCUGAUCCUUCGGCUGCUCUAUCGGUUGUAUUUGAUAAAGAUGGUGUUCUUGAGCAAAUUGGUAAUGGAAAAGGUUAUGUUGACAUGUCAACAGUUGAUGCAGAUACAUCUUCGAAGAUAUCUGAGGCAAUCAAAUCGAAAGGUGGUUCCUUCCUUGAAGCUCCUGUUUCAGGUAGCAAGAAGCCUGCCGAAGAUGGCCAACUAGUAAUACUUGCUGCGGGGGACAAGGCAUUGUACGAUGAAGUAGUGCCAGCAUUUGAUGUAUUAGGAAAGAAAUCUUUCCAUCUUGGUGAGGUCGGAAACAGCGCAAAAAUGAAACUUGUUGUUAACAUGAUAAUGGGAAGUAUGAUGAAUGCUUUCUCCGAGGGACUCACACUAGCCGGAAGAAGUGGAUUGAACCCUUCGACUCUUCUUGACGUGCUGGAUCUAGGUGCCAUUGCUAACCCCAUGUUUAAAAUGAAAGGACCCUCAAUGCUAAAAAACAAUUACUCCCCAGCUUUUCCACUAAAACAUCAGCAGAAGGACAUGAGAUUAGCCCUCGCCCUCGGAGACGAAAAUGCUGUACCGAUGCCUAUAGCAGCUGCAGCAAAUGAGGCUUUCAAGAAAGCCAGGAGCAUGGGAUUGGGAGACCUUGACUUUUCAGCAGUCCAUGAGACUUUGAAAAAACCUGAUCAUUCAUCUUGAGAGACAUUAACUCUGCAAAUUGAUUGAGCCAUUGAUAUGGCCAAUAAGUGUUUCAAUCUUCUGUUUGAGCAUAGGUUACAAUUAUAAUAUAUUUGGAUGAAUUGUAAACUUUUUCCUACAUCGGACACGUGAAAUUAUGACGUUUACAUCCAUAGUGGACACUGGAUAUCAUUGUUUUGGAUGCUAUGAACCAAGUUGCAAAUGGUUUUAUUUGUCUUAUAAGUAA